AUGGAUUGCUGCUUCAUUAUAUGUCCUUGUUGUUAGAUCCAGGUAGGGUUUCUCAAUUGCUGUACUUGUCAUAAGCAAUAUGAAUGGUUACAAUGCAAUGGCUUACCUGUGGCUUGUCCCAUUUGUGUGAAUGUAAGUGUUUAUGGUUAUUUCAAAUAGAUUAAAUUGGAUACCUAUUAUCAAAGUGAUGAGGAUGUGGCAUUACAUAGAAAUUGUUAUAAGAACUAUAAAAGAAUGUACUAUCACUGUCAGUGUUGCGAUGGAUAUUUCUGUACUUGCGUGUAAGAUAUUUCUACUAAAACUAUAAGCGAAAAGCAACUGAAGAAAAAGAUUGUUUUACAUCCCUGCCCAUUGUUCAAAAGAAAGGUUUGA